UACUUUUAGAGGCCACAUACAUAAUGACCGGAGUUACAUUUCAGAUUGCCAACCUUGUCACUAAGCGGUGUGUAUCGAUACCCUUUCCGCCUAAUGUACGUGUUAAUUCAGUCGGUCCGUCUUUGGGUUUGGCCUACGACGGUGCCGCCUCUAGGAAAUUUAAGGUCCAGCCGGUGGGACGCAUAGUUACUAUGGAUGUUGCAAGGGAAGUUGUCUAUGAUAUUGCAACCCCUAGGUGCGAUGGAUGGAAAGGAGUGACACCAAAGGCUGACAGGACCCUGAAUCCAUUAGGGGUCACAAAAAUUCUUCCUGAACUUUUCAAGUUGAGCAUAUUUUGUUACUUGUUUUUUCCAUGUCGAUAUUCUGAUUGUGUAACACUGCUAUCAUUAAGAUGCAAUGGAUCUCUCAGAUUGGAUCUUUUCUUUUUGUGGAUUUUCAGAUGAUUUUACGGGUGCCCUUAUGCUUAUCCAAGAGGACCGAGUUUCUCCUAAGGGUGGCAAUCAGCUGGUAACCUGUCCAGCCACCGGUAAGGCUGACCCUGCGUUUUAUAAGCUUGAGUUGGGCCUAGGUUGGUUGCUUAGGCCCAUCCCUCGGUCCCUGUGCCCUCCGUCCCUCCUUUAGGCAUGCACGCACGCACAUGCACACACACGCAGGCACACUCAGAUGAUGAUUAAUAUUAUUAUUCUCUUCUUAGGUUGUGGUUAGAGUUGGGCAUCGAGUCAAGUCGGACUGAGUUAGGGCUGACUUGACUCGAUCCGGUUUUGAAAUAGACCUGAUCUAAAAUUGACCCGACUCACCGAGUCCAGCAUGCCUGACCUGAUCCGAGUCCAGGUCUAGCCUGGACUAAUCCGGACCGAGUCUGACCCAAUCACAAGUAUCAAGUCGGGUCGAGUCGGGUCGGGUGCAUCGGGUAUCCACGGGGUGAAAUCACAACUCGAAACCUAGGUGCACUUGCCAGAAUUGCAGCCUCUC